UUCAGUUUGUCGCUGGUGGAUCGCGGUGGCAAUUGUUAGAUAUACGUAUAGUAUACAUUUAAAUUUGAAAUAAUUUGAAAAAAGUAACAAUGUCAGAGGGCGAAUCGAAAUUUGGUUUCAAGGAUAUGGAGAAGGCACUGGAGACACUCAAGCUACUCGAGAGCCAUGACAUGCAAUACCGCAAACUGACGGUGCGCGGACUUUUGGGACGUGCCAAGCGUGUCCUGACUUUGACAAAGGCGUCGGAGAAGGUGAAGAAUAUCAAUGACGCCAUCGGUGUGUUUGAGAAAUGGCUGGAGGAGAAUGGCGGCGGUGCCUCCAAUAAGAAUGCGAAGACUGACAGCGAAGAUAAGGUGCAAACAGUGCCCGGUCUUGGCUUUAAGGACAAGACAGCUGCAGAGGCAACGCUCAGGGUCUUGGCAGAGCGCGAUCCUGACUAUCAGAGGCUGGCAAUCAAGGGGCUUAUCGGCAGUUCGAAGAGAGUGCUCUCCGGAACCAAAAAUGAGGAUAAAAUCAAAGAUAUCAACGAGGGAGUUCAGGUGCUUGAGAAAUUCCUUGAAGAAUUUGAAGCGGAGAAUCGUAUUAAAGAUAAUCGCGCCUAUAUACCACAUGCUUUGAUUGCCCAGUUGCCAGAGCCAAAAGAGGCGCUGGCUGCUGAAUUCCUCGCCGCUUAUGGUGGUGCAAAGGCCAAUGGCAACUAUAAGCAUUUACGAACGAUGACUCCAAAGGAUGAUACUACAAGUUGGGAUAUUAUACGCAACCGCCAGAUUGCCAAACUUCUGGAUCAAGUCAAGACUACCGAUGACAAACUGUUUGCUAAGGAAAAUGGGGAGCCUAGCAAGCUGCACUUGAGUCUAAUUCACUGGGCUUACAGUCCUCAGCCGCAGAAAGUGAAAAGCUAUGUGGAAAAACAUGAAAAGCUCACGAAGUCGCCAGAGAAACGUAAGGUGCCAAGUGCCAGCAACAGCAGCAGCGAAGAUGACGCGGACAAUUCCAGUAGCGAUGCAUCAGAAGAGAAGGAAGUGCCCAAAAAGAAACGGAAGCAGGAGUAAUACUCUAUUGUAACAUAUGUUGUGUAACGGAACAGAAAACGGUACAUACUUUAUUUAACUCAACCUCAACGCGAUUACAAUAGCGUGGUGGACAAUUUUGUAUGUUCUAUACAUUUGCUAUAAGUAUAUGCUGCUGAUAAGGCCUCGCUUAGAUGAUGAGCUGUACAUCUAUCGCUAGCCAUCUAAUAACCAAAUAUAAGAAACUUGUAUAAU